AUGGAAAGGGUGAAAGGAGAUUGGAGGGCCUCUGACUCCACUCAGAUCACAAGCGAAAGCCAGGAAGGGAGGAACCCAGCAGGGGUCACAAAAGUCAGCCUCGGGCAGGACGGGGUGGGCGGCCCUUUCUGCUCCCUCAACCCCUCCCGAGGCCACCCAGAGAACUCCUCCCUCCCGCCUCUCGCGCGCUCCCUCCCCUCGCUUUCAUCCUCCUAUCCCCACCUCUCCAACCUCCGCUUUCAUCCCCCUCCCCUCUCCUCUCCUCCCCGCUCCCGCCUGCCCCACCCCUGGGAAGCCCCUCCCGUCGGGCAGCGCCGCUUUAUAAGCAGGUUCCCUGCCCGGGGGCGGCAGCGGCUGGUCGGCGGCAGCUCUGCGGGUGCGGGGGCGGCGAGCCGAGGACCAAGCGACCGCGGCCGGAGCGCGCCGGCCACCGCCCGCACCGCCCUUCCGCCCGCCCUCCGGACGGCCGCAGCCCUGCGGGUCUCCGCUCCGGACCCACCCCCGCCCCACCCCGCGCGCCUCUGCCGCCUCUUCCUGAGCCCCAGCUUGCCGAGCGGCCGCCGCUGCCGCUGUCGCCGCCGCCGUCGCCACCGCGCCAGGUUCCGGCCGCGGCCACCCUCCGCCGUCCAGGGCCCUUCCGUCCCGGCCCCGGGACCCCGACUCCGCGCCAGCCCCGGCCCCGGCCCCGGCACCAUGUCGGAGAAGAGCGUGGAGGCAGCGGCCGAGUUGAGCGCCAAGGACCUGAAGGAGAAGAAAGAGAAGGUGGAGGAGAAGGCGAGCCGGAAAGAGCGAAAGAAAGAAGUGGUGGAGGAGGAGGAGAACGGAGCUGAGGAGGAGGAAGAAGAAACUGCCGAGGACGGCGAGGAGGAGGAUGAAGGGGACGAGGAAGAUGAGGAAGAAGAAGAAGAUGAGGACGAAGGGCCCGCGCUGAAGAGAGCUGCUGAAGAGGAGGAUGAAGCGGAUCCCAAGCGGCAGAAGACAGAAAAUGGGGCGUCGGCAUGAGCCCCCUGCCAGUGGGCUGGGGGUGGGAGGCCCCGCGGGGCCUGGAGGUGGGGGUGGGGACAGCCGAGCGCAGCCACUCUUCACCUGGCUCUCUGCUCUGGGCCCCGCGCCAGAGCUGCCACCCUCUCUCCCCAGCCUUGUCCUGCCGCCCCUCCAGACACUUGCCCCCUCCAUCCUCACUGCCACCUUCCACCUCCUGACCUGCUCCAUCUGAGCUCCCCAGCUGGUCCCCAGUUGCCCCCUCCCUCUCCCUCCUCUCUUCCUCCCUUCCGCCCCCCAGCCAACCCCACCCUCCUCUGGGAGCCUCUUCUUCCUAACGUCUGCAUCCCAGCCUCACAUCCUGCCCAGCCCUCCCCUGCCUGAUCCCUGGGUCUCCCUCAGAUCCCCUUCCUUCAAGACAGCGCCAGGCCGGGGUGGGGCCAGGGUUGGGGCCGAGCCCCGCAGCUGCCCCCCUCCCCUCCCCUUUUUGUAUAAUUUAAUAAAGAAACGGUCGCGCUUCUGUUUUUAA